CUCGAUUGCAGGGUUAGGUGGAAGAGAUAAGGGUUCGUCCAUUCAUGUUGGUUUGCUGCAACCUCGGCCGCAAGGGACAGCAGGUCGCUAUAGACUGUAACGGGUAUAGAAUGUGGGUGGUCAACCCCCCUAACGUUAAUUGAAUCUUAACUGAUAAGCCAACAACCGUCCCCACCAAUGGAGUUAUCUGUUCCUCUGGCUAUCUCCAACAAGCGGCCCUUUUUUGUAGCAAUGGCUUCCAUGCUCCUAAGAAGAAACUCUUCAAUCUCCUGCCAUUAGAUCUUGCAAUUAAUUUGAAGCUUGAAUUUUGUUCUUUCAUAUGCCCAUGGCGGAUUUUGCAAGUCUGUCGGCCCGUCCAUUUCGGUGCACCAAAUGCCAAAAAGCCUUUACUAGACAGGAAAAUUUGAAACGCCACAUUGACUCUCGUCACACUGCAUCAAUUGCACGGAAAUUUGCCUGCUUGCUCUGUGAAGCUCGCUUUUCGAGAAGUGAUCUUUUGAAGAGGCAUAUUCAGAGCUGUCACCCGUCAAGUCAGUCGUCACAAUCAGCUCCGGUUGCACAACCUGCCCCAGAAUUCUCGUCUCUCUCCCUCGAACCUGAAACGUCAAUAUCACUUGAGGAUGCUCCGAUACCAUCCGAAGAUGGUUCACCUCGUGCUUUGAACCUUGUGUCUCGUUCAGCCAUACAAAACUUCUUUGACAAAUUUCUCUGCAACUUUCCGAUCAUCCAUGAGCCUAGCUUUGAGCUAGAAACAUGUCCCACACCGAUGUUGGAAGUCUUGGUCUGUCUCGGCUCCAUGUACAGCUAUGCAAAAAUGGACUGCCCAAGAUCGGAUAUUUACCAGUCGGCAUUGACUGCCAUGUAUAAAUAUGUCGAGCAAGAUAGGUCGAGAUACCAAGAGGGCUGGGUUCUCCAAACAUUUCUGUUACUUGAAUACUAUGGUAUCUACUCAGGCGAAGAUAGUUUCUUCUUGAAGGCGCAAAGAAUACACCGGGAUCUCGUUGAUGCAAUGCACGAGCUUCAGAUGUCGCAUGAUGGCACAUCGAGCUCUCUAUAUGACGAUUACGACGAAACAAGGAAUAAGACAUGUGGUGGCACUUUUGAUGAAAUAGACUCGCUGGAACAAAAGUGGAAAACGUUUAUUCGAUUAGAAUGCCGAAAAAGAUGUAUUUACGCAAUAUAUCUUCUCGACUCAGAGUUUUCAAUCCUCUGCAACCUUCGUCCAAUGGUCUCAGCACUCGAGAUCAAGUAUGAAUUGCCUUGUAGCGAAGAUCUUUGGGGAGCCGCCUCUGCCGAGGAUUGGUCACGUAUUGAGAUGCAACAAUUUUCUUCUUUCAACGACCACGAUGAUCUCUUUUCAGAGGGCGAUACACCACCGCCGCAGGGCGGCUUUUACCUGGCGAUGCAGCAUUUCCUCAAUCCUGAUCGUCGAAGAAAAGGGCCUCUCACACUGCGCUCAUUAUGGUCCAGCCCUUUUGCUGCCCUAAUUCUUGUUAUGCAACUUCAAAUGAUGUCGCGAGAGCUUACUCAUGCCAGUUGUCUGCUGGAACGACCGAAAUUUCAGCAGAGAAAUCUUUCCGUCCUCACAGACAGCCAGUACACACAAAUAUCGCAAGGUCUCAAGAACAUAGCUGAGCUGGUUCCAAAACGAAACACCAAGGCCACGACAAUUGAAGAAUUUCUGGGGCUUUCAACGCGCCCAGACGUUCAUAAUGCCAAAUCAAAUUCACCCAUGUGGCAUACCUUUUGGAUUCUGUGGCAUUAUACGGCGAUUUCGCUUUCCCACCCCGACUCGCUGCUUGUGACUGGGAUUGUGGAGACAAGUUUACCCUGUGCUGUGGCAACGGCUGGGCAUUUGGCUAUGCCGAGAAGGCGAGAGACACGAGACAUUUAUGAAGAUCGUGACGUGUUCCGAAUCCUCGAAAAUCUCGAAUGCAUCAUGGUGAAACUCCGCGGGUGCGACAGUCAUGACCGAGACUUAGCAAAAGACAUGGGCUCAAGAGAAGACCCAUUCACUACCAUUCUCUGCUACAAAAUUUGCUUGGUCGGAUGGCGAUUGGUCCGGCUUACAAUGAGCGAGGCGCACUUGCAAUCGUUGGAUGCGGAUCCCGACAGCCUUGCUCGCAAACCCUCCAUGUUCGUGCUGAAUGCAAUCAUGUCAUGCCUUCAUAGCGUGCAUAGCAACUGGCUGCUCGAUGCGGAUGAGCUGUCGUCGGUAUCACAUCGUCGUCUAGAGCCAAUUGUGGGUUGUGAAAUUGAAUUUCUCGAAUGGUUUUUGGCGACAUUUCUGGUUCGGGAGACAUGGCCAGUAGGAGCAUGGGUCCAGCUGGUGAUGCAAGAGAGUUUAGAAAAGGCAAAAGAGCAUUACGAACAUCUUUGUAAACAGUGAUUUACUGUUGGGAUGAAAUACGAUACGAAUUAUGAUACUGGUUAAGAUGUAUUACUUUGAAGGCGAUCACAACUCUCAAAGGAUUCCCCUGUAUCUAUACAGGCUUUACAAGCAACUCAUUGAAAACGUUAUAAAAGAUAUUUCCCUCAUAUGACAAGAGAAUUAAAUCAUUCUACAUGUUCGCUAAAUAACAAAAUGCCAAAUAUCCCUUUUUUCUUCCCAAUAUAUGCAUCAUCAAAAUUAUUUCUUAAAGGCAAUCUCGUCCAAUACAUACGCUUCUCCAUUCGUCUUGACAUAUUCCGGAAUGGAGCGCACGCGGAGAUAAUACUCGUGGAUGUUGGGAUGCGCCUCGGCGAACUUUUUCGUGAAGAU